AUGUCAAAAAUAAUCGGCAAUGCUCGUCAAAUUUUCACAAAGAGACCGUUCAGUUCUCUCCUUACAUCCAGCAGACAUGCUAGAAACUGUUCAACCCUGUUUCGUCAUAGAAGCUUGAACCUUGUUAAGCAAGCAAAUGUUGCAGACGUGUUCAUACCGAAAAAUAAAGCGAGCUACUUGACAAUAAGAUGUUAUAACGGAAAUAUACCACCGGGACAAUUCCGUAUGACAUCGAACGCGAUAGGACAAAAAGGAUCAUCGGCUCUUGAGCAAUUUGGAUAUGAUCUGACCAAAUUAGCAGCCGAAGGAAAGCUCGAUCCUGUUAUUGGAAGAGAAGAAGAGAUCAGGAGAACAAUACAAGCACGAAGAACAAAAAACAAUCCUGUACUUAUUGGAGAAGCGGGAGUCGGAAAAACUGCCAUAGUAGAAGGCCUAGCCCAGCGCAUAGUUAAUGCAGAAGUACCAGAGAGCAUCAAAGACAAAAAAGUGAUCGCGCUGGAUCUCGGUUUAAUCGUUGCAGGGACUAAAUUCAGGGGAGAAUUUGAAGAUAGGCUUAAAGGGAUACUGCAGGAAGUCCAAGAAGCAGAAGGAAAGCUGAUUUUAUUUAUUGAUGAAUUACAUAACUUAUUGGGGUUAGGAAGGGGGGAGGGAAGCAUGGAUGCCGGCAACCUAUUGAAACCAGCCUUGGCUAGAGGAACGUUAAGAUGUUGUGGCGCUACGACGAUUGAUGAAUAUCGCAAAUAUAUUGAGAAAGACCCCGCACUGGCAAGGAGAUUUCAAUCGGUAAUGAUAACUGAGCCGACGGUCGAGGAUACGGUAUCUAUUUUACGGGGGUUGAAAGAAAAAUAUGAAGUACAUCAUGGUGUUCGCAUCGGUGAUAACGCUCUUGUUGCUGCUGCGACAUAUUCUCAUCGGUACGUCGCAGACAGAUUCCUUCCAGACAAAGCUAUUGAUUUAGUCGAUGAGGCAUGCUCUAAAUUGAGAUUACAGCAGGAGAGCAAACCAGAAGUCCUUGAGAACCUAGAUAGGCAAAUCAUCACUCUUAAAAUCGAGUUGGAAUCACUGCGUAAGGAAGUGGAUCCAAUCUCACAAGAAAGGAGGGAAAAGAUUCAAAAGGAACUCGAGGCCAAAACACGCGAAUCAGAGAGAUUGAGCGCGCUUUGGCAAGAAGAAAGGGCCAAGUUGGAAGAAAUGAAGAGGAUAAAGUCUCAGUUAGAACAAGCGCGUAUUGAAUUAGAAGCGGCUCAACGAAGUGGCAACUUUACUCGUGCAAGCGAACUAGCCUACGGCGUUAUCCCAGAACUAGAGAAAAAGCUUCCUGCGGACACUGGUGAGGAUGAGGCGCCUGAAUCACUAAUUCACGAACAUGUUACCGCUGAGGAUAUUGCAAUGGUCGUAUCUCGGAUGACUGGUAUUCCUAUUCACAAUUUAAUGAGAAGUGAAAGAGAUCGGUUACUUCACAUGGAAGAGAAGUUGAAACAGAGAGUAGUUGGUCAGGACGAAGCUGUCGCAGCCGUGUCUGAAGCGGUAAGACUGAGCCGGGCAGGAUUGCAAAGUCCAACUAGACCUAUUGCCUCUUUCUUAUUCCUGGGUCCUACCGGUGUGGGUAAGACGGAGUUAUGCAAGGCUAUCGCAGAGUUUUUGUUUAAUACAGAAUCAGCUAUCGUCAGAAUUGAUAUGAGCGAGUAUAUGGAGAAGUUCGCGGUAACGCGACUUGUCGGUGCACCACCUGGGUACAUUGGAUAUGAUGAAGGAGGACAAUUGACAGAAGCAGUCAGAAGGAAACCUUUUGCUGUAGUGCUACUGGACGAAAUGGAGAAAGCGCACAGAGACGUAUCGAAUUUGUUACUCCAGGUGUUGGAUGAUGGAUACAUAACCGAUUCGCAAGGGCGAAAGGUUGAUUUCAGGAAUACUAUAAUAAUCAUGACAAGUAAUCUCGGAGCCGAUAUUUUAGCUUCAACAACCUUGACGGGAGACGACAGCAAAGUGAGCGAUUUGAGUAAAACUGCUGUGCUUGAUGUAGUCAGAAGACAUUUCCCUCCUGAAUUUAUAAAUCGCAUUGACAAUAUGAUUAUUUUCAAUCGACUUUCUCGACUUGCACUGAGAGAUAUUGUGGAUGUAAGAUUAAGAGAAGUACAGCAACGACUGAGCGAUAAGCACAUUACUAUUGAUAUUGACGAGCAUGCCAAGGCUUGGUUGGCUGAUAAGGGUUAUGAUACAGUAUAUGGUGCUCGUCCUCUCAACCGUUUGAUCCAUAAGAAGAUUCUCAAUCCAUUAGCAUUAUGUUUGAUUGAGGGAUCAAUCAAGGGUCAUGAAACAGCGCUGGUGCGGACAGUGAAGACAGAUAUCGAUGAAGAUAUAAUUGUCGAAAAGAAUCAUGAUGUACCAUUGGAUAGUACCUCAGUCGAUAAAUCAUAA